AGAGAGAGAGAGAGAGAGAGAGAGAGAGAGGGGGGACUGAGAGACUGGCACAAAACGCUCAGUAUCUCUCAAAUUCGUUCGGUGCUCCACAUAGGAGCGCACCAAAGAUUCAGCCUCCGUCUCCACCAGCCAUCCUCUAUAUCUGUCUCCAAUGCGCUUCUUCUAAUUAAAAAUAAUGGCUUGGCUUUGUGUGAUCAAUUACUGCCCACUCAAGAGCGCGUUCAGCGUACCAGGCAAUAGCUAUUUACAUCAUCUGGGAGUUUUAAAAGUUAGAAGAUCAUCUUUGGUAUGACACGUUUGGAGUGGACUUAUGGCCGGAUUGCGCAUUGAAGUCGAAGCGCGUCUUGGAUAUCAACACGCCUGGAAAUGGAGACUCAACACCAAACGCAUCCAGAAUGGAUUUAAUUACAAUUCCCUACUCUUCGCCGAACUCGUCGGCGGAUACCAAUGCCACGAACGCACCGAGAUCCCCGCCACAUUCACAGUACGCGGCGGUGUUGAUUAUUCUCGUGGUCACUGUAAUCAUCCUGGUGACCAUUGUGGGAAAUGUAUUAGUCGUGGUGGCCGUUUUCACCAGCCGCGCUCUCCGUGCGCCACAGAACCUUUUCUUGGUCUCUUUGGCAUCUGCUGAUAUUUUGGUGGCCACUUUGGUCAUCCCGUUCUCCCUGGCCAAUGAGAUUAUGGGAUACUGGUACUUCGGAAACACCUGGUGUGCUUUUUACCUGGCAUUAGACGUGCUAUUCUGCACGUCAUCUAUUGUCCACCUCUGCGCCAUAAGUUUGGACAGGUACUGGUCGGUGACCAAAGCGGUCAGCUACAACCUAAAGCGGACCCCACGGAGAAUAAAGACCAUGAUCAUGGUGGUGUGGGUUAUAUCGGCCGUAAUCUCCUUCCCACCCCUCAUCAUGACAAACCACAAAGAGAUGGAGUGCUUGCUGAACAACGAGACGUGGUACAUCCUCUCAUCCUGCAUGGUGUCGUUUUUUGCGCCCGGUCUCAUCAUGAUUUUGGUGUAUUGCAAAAUCUACAGGGUGGCCAAACAGCGCGCAUCCACUGUGUUUGUGGCCAAGAACGGGAUGGAGCGACAGCCGUCGCAGUCGGAGACGUGCUUCGUGCGUAAAGGCAAGUCGGAGAUGGAGAGUCCAAGCAGCAACAGCUCUGGCAGCCGAGAGCGCAAAGGCGAGCUGGACGAUAUCGAUCUUGAGGAGAGCAGCUUGUCCAACAAACAAAGACUCUCCCGCUUCACUAAAAGCAGGAAAGGAACACAUCCGUGCCCAAGGCAGAAUGGACGUCUGUCAUGGGCAUGUAGCCGCACCUCCGACCUCGAUCAAGAGCCAGCGGCGCGUCAGAUGUCUUUAUCCAAGUCCAAACUGGCGCAGAUGCGCGAGAAGCGCUUCACCUUUGUGCUCGCCGUGGUUAUGGGGGUGUUCGUGCUCUGUUGGUUCCCUUUUUUCUUCACCUACAGCCUUCACGCCAUAUGCCGGGAAAGUUGCACGAUACCGGAUUCUUUAUUUAAUCUGUUUUUCUGGAUUGGCUACUGCAACAGCUCGGUGAACCCUAUCAUUUAUACAAUUUUUAACAGAGACUUUAGGAAAGCGUUUAAAAAGAUAAUGUGCCAUAAUCCUACGCGCUCUUAAAUGUACAUAUAUGUGUGCUCUGAUGGCACGUGUGUAGCCUACAUGCAUACGUUUUGUAUGUGCGCGCGCUCGCACUGGACACGGAGGAGACGGCAUUUGCGCGCUUGGUCCGCGUCUUUGUAAAUAUAGCAUUUUGAAGAUCUCUUAAUGUUUUUCUUGCUAUUUGGUUACUUGUUUUUUUCGUGUAAUGUAUUCAAAAAUACAAUUAUCUAAUUACUGUGUCUGAGAAACAAGGGCAGGUAGCCUGGUUAAAUGUGAAAAACCAACCCAAGAUCACACUUGUGCCAGUCCGCUUUAAAUAUUUAUUUUAAUUAAUAUUAAUUUUAAUUAAUAUUUAUGUCAGUUUAAUGUUGAAUUACUGUAAAACUGGAAGAAAAUUCUGUUAUUGAAUAAUCACGUUUGAUUUCAUUGUAACUAUAAGGGCAUAGAAUAAAGUUUUUGAAUUACAUUUUCAGAACCAGUGUUUAUGUGUUGAAAUCAACAUAGAUUAGCUGUUUAAAUAUAUAAACAUUUUAUUGCCCAAUGCCAGAAUGAAUGGAGCAAUCAUUUGUC